AUUCCACAAGUAAUGUCUUUGCUAGGGUCAGGAACAUGGACGACGUCACACGCGGAAGUGCUUUCCCGGUGGAGCUUGAAAUCAAAUCAUACUUGAAUGAUUUCUGUCUAGUGAGCCGUCUGAGUAGAACAAAUGUCUCCAACGGAGGAGUUGGUCAAGCAGUGGGAAAGUGAGCAGGCCAUUCUCAGAAAGCAGGUGGUCGAGGAGGACACGGAAGACUGGGAGAAGAGCCCAGACUUCUUGGGGUUGGAACGGGUCGCCGGACUGGACAUCUCCUUCAUCAAAGGUGACGACGUCAGUGCCUGCGCCCAGCUCGUGGUGCUCAGCUACCCUGAUCUUGAGGUGCUUUAUGAGGACAGUCAGAUGGUGACCCUAACAGCACCCUACAUGGCAGGCUUUCUAGCCUUCAGAGAAACCCCUUUCCUCUUGGAUGCGCUGCAGCGGCUUGAAAGGGACAAACCCACUCUUCUGCCUCAGGUGGUGUUUGUGGAUGGCAAUGGCCUCUUUCACUACAGAGAAUUUGGACUGGCAUGCCAUGUUGGAGUGCUGUCAGGCCUGCCGUGUGUGGGUGUUGCCAAGAACCUACUCCAGGUCCAGGGUGUGUACAAAAAUGAAAAACACCAGUCUCAGAUUUCAGCACUGCAGAAAGGAGGAGACAACUUUCCUCUCAUAACGACCUCCGGCAAAGUGCUUGGAAAGGCUCUGCGUAGCUCAGACAAGAGCACUAAGCCAGUCUACGUGUCAGUUGGCCACAAGAUCAGUCUGGAUACGGCUGUUAAGCUCACACACUCCUGCAGCCGCUUCAGAGUCCCGGAGCCAAUCAGACAGGCUGACUAUCGCUCCAGAGAGUACCUCCGUGCUCACUUCCCUGCUGUUGCGACAGGAAGCACGCGAUGAGAAAGUGACUGAUGCGUCAAGAUCUCAGGAACUUCAGCAAAGAUCAGCAACUUUGCUGUGCUGCAAAAAAUGCACUGUGUGUGUUUGCGUGUGUGUGUGUGCGCGUGUGUGAUGGUGAGAGAGUACAUUUUUUUUAGCUUUUAGAAGUGCAGGUGUUCUGAGAAGACAAGUUCAGAUUGUAAGUUUUAAUGCACUCGCCCUAAAUUUAAAGUGGAUAUGGGUCAGGUUAAUGCUUUUUAUAUACUGUUCUCAUUACAUUUUUGGGUCAGUCUGAUUUUUGUCUGAUUUUUCUCCAGCGGGCCUCUUUUAAAUAAAUGAUAAAUGGUGCUGAUACGGUGGUCAUUUCUAAAUUUACAUCGAUGUGAGAUGGGACAAUUGCAUGGAUUGAAGUUUUUUUUUCCUCAAAUGACUGCAAGUGAUGACUAACAUACAGUAAAUAGUAACCGAGCAUAUUGUGUCUAAUUUGUCGUCACCGAGUGGCUCUUUUACAAUGAGUCAGACUUGGCAGCUGGCAGUGCACUGCCAGGCGGGCCCGUCGAGGUGAGCGGAAACCAAGGGCAAGGUGGUGAGGGAGCUGACUCCGCAGGGGUAAGAUCCGAAAAUAGAAGUGGUCAGAUGGGGCAGUAUUGAUCAGUGGACGGGGUGGAGGAUCAACACGCUGCUCCCAAAGCAGAGAGAC